AUCAUCCAUCUGCUCUCAAGCAUCAGCUUCCUAUCCGUACUCCAUGGUAGUCAAAUUUUCAAGUGUACUACUAGUCCUCCUUUUCUUCCAUUUUCUUGUUGCUUUUAGACUGCAAGCCUCAGAGGCACAGUCUUGGAUCAAAGCGGCAUACUGGUAUUCUGGCAGUGAAUUCCCCAUUGCUGACAUAAACUCAGCGCUUUUUACUCACCUUAUUUACGCAUUUGCCGGUCUUAAUUCAUCAUCCUAUGAGCUCUCCCUCUCCUCUGACUCUGAGGAGCAGGAUCAGGUGCAGCACUACUCCACCUUCUCAUCCACGGUCAAGCAAAAGAACCCAUCAGUCACCACCCUCAUAUCCAUUGGGGGUGGAAACGCAGACUACUCAGUCUUUUCAACACUUGUCAGUAAUUCUUCUCACAGAAAGACCUUCAUUGAUUCUUCAAUAAAGAUUGCAAGGCUUUAUGGCUUCCAAGGCCUAGACCUUUGCUGGGUUUCAGCUAACACAAGCUCGGACAUGACCAACAUGGGAAAUUUGUUUCAAGAGUGGCGAGCUGCUGUGAAAUCUGAGGCUGCAAACUCUAGCCAGGCGCAGCUGAUUUUGACAGCAGCUGUUCAAUACAAACCAGAUUUGGAGUUCUUUUCUUUUCCGGUUGAAUCCAUCCGGAACAACUUGAAUUGGGUACAUGUAAUGGCCUAUGACUAUUAUGGGCCUCAGUGGACUAAUUUCACCGGCGCUCAUGCAGCUUUGUAUGAUCCAUCAAGUGAUGCUAGCACAGAUUAUGGUAUCAAGGCAUGGAUUGGUAAGGGAUUAUCUGCUUCCAAAUUGGUUUUGGGCUUGCCUUUCUAUGGCUAUGCUUGGAAACUUGUGAAUCCUAGGGACAAUGGUAUUGGUGCACCAGCAACAGGUCCAGCCAUUACAGAGGAUGGAUCCAUGAGCUACAAGGAUAUCAAGGGUUACAUUCAGAGAUAUGGGGCUGACAUAAUCUACAAUGCUACGUAUGUAGUUAAGUACUGCAUAAUUGGAUCAUCUUGGAUUGGUUUUGAUGAUGCUCAAGUUGUCAAAAUAAAAGUUUCUUAUGCUAAGGAGCAGAGUUUGCUUGGAUACUUUGUCUGGCAGGUUUCCCAUGAUGACAAUUGGGUGCUUUCUCUUGCAGCUGCAGCUACAGCUCAAGAGCGUGCAAGCAGUGGACAAAAAAAGCGGCGACUUCUUAUAAUCAUUUUGACUACAAUAGCUUCAGUUAUUCUCAUAUUAGGCUCCGUCAUGUGUUAUUUCCGCAUGAGAAUGCUCAAGUCAAAAGCCAAUUCUUUGGCAAAUGCAGCUAAAGAAUCAGAAUACAGGGCAAAUUAUAUAGCAGACACAGCUGGAAUUUUUAAUAGCAAUGUACCCAAUCUGCAAGUCUUUGGCAUUGCUGUCAUUGAGGCAGCAACAGAAGGAUUUUCAAUUGAAAAUAAGCUUGGAGAGGGUGGUUAUGGUCCAGUUUAUAAGGGUGUAUUGCCAAAUGGACAAGAAAUAGCUGUGAAAAAACUUUCGAAAGCUUCAACUCAAGGAUUUGAGGAAUUCAAGAACGAGGUCAUGCUUACAGCAAAACUACAACACGUUAAUCUUGUCAGGGUUCUGGGAUUCUGUAUCGAACACCAUGAACAAAUGCUGAUUUAUGAGUACAUGCCAAAGAAAAGCUUGGACCUCUACCUCUUUGAUCCUAUCAGAAGGUAUCAACUAGAUUGGAGAAAGCGUGUUAGCAUUAUUGAAGGGGUUACUCAGGGACUUCUUUAUCUCCAAGAAUACUCAAGAUUGACAAUAAUCCAUCGAGAUCUGAAAGCUAGCAACAUUUUACUUGACGAGGAGAUGAGGCCUAAGAUCUCAGAUUUUGGUAUGGCUAGAAUUUUCACAAAAGAUGAACAAGAGGCAAACACAAGCCGGAUCGUUGGAACAUAUGGCUAUGUACCUCCUGAAUAUGUUAAAAACGGUCUAUACUCCACGAAAUCAGAUGUUUAUAGCUUUGGAGUUCUCCUUGUACAGAUCAUAAGUGGCAAGAAGAAUGCCGCUUUCUAUGGUCCAAAUGAAGACUUAAACCUUCUAGAAUAUGCACAUGAACUUUGGAAAGAAGGCAAAGGGAUGGAGUUUAUGGAUCCUUCACUUGAUGAUACACAUUCAUUAUGUAAAUUGAUGAGAUGCUUGCAGAUUGCUCUCCUAUGUGUUCAAGAAAAUGCAAAUGAUAGGCCCUCCAUGUUGGAAAUUUCUUCGAUGCUACAGAGUGAAAGUGCUGUAAUGGAAAAACCGAAAAUGCCAGCUUUUUCAAAAAGAAAUGAAGACAAAGAAACUAAUCCUGCACCGCGGCUAGAAGUGUGUUCCAUUGAUGAUUCAACAAUCUCAGAGGUUGUAGGACGAUGAGUGGUGGUACAUGCUCAGUGCUUUGUAAAACAAAGUUCAAUCAGAUUUUCAAUUCUUUUUCCUUUUACUCUUAGGCAUAACCGCUUUGCCACUAGUCAAACUAUUCUUAGAAUUUAUUAGUCAUGUAUUUCCUAGUAAGUUAUUAGGUGUAUAUUACAUUAAUGCAGUCUACUUACUACAAAGUUGGUAAGGGGAAGAGGUCCCUCAGGAGUCACAAUAUAAUGUUGCAGAAUUUGGAAUUA